GAAAAGCGCGGUUGCCGAGUUGUAUGGCACAUUCCAAAGCAUCUAUGGCGACGGAAGGAAAGCCUGCUUCGCCUGGUGAAAUCCGGGUUACCAGCGUUGGGUUGGUAUACGGAUAUGUUAACUAUGCGAGGAAGCUGAUUGACGGUGGCGAGCCGGUGGUUACCCUUCGUGGUACUGGCCGUGCUAUGAGUAACGUAGUAGAAACUGCUGAAAUAUUGCGUCGUGCGUACAAGGGUAUGCAUCAAUUGACCCUCUUAGACACACAGGACAACUUGGCUUCUGACCAGGAUGCAGAAGGUAAGGAUUCUCGCAGGCCUGUUUGCUUUUUGACUAUAAAGCUCACACUGGACCCUCAACACAUUGACACUUCUGCUCCCGGUUACCAGAAGCCACUUGACGACGAGCAGUUGAAGGAGGUUGACGUUGAAAAGCUUAUUCAGGGUAUUAAAAACGUGGGUAUGAGGAGAAAAACUACCAUGCCCAGGAGACAGGGUAACAAGGCACCAAAUUCGGAGCGUGAGAACAAGAGCUAACAUCUCAUAAGUAAUUUAUCACUAUGU